AUGAACAACGUAAUAAAUCGCAUCAAAUCUGGCUUCAAUUCAGCUGAAUAUGGCUUGCCUGCUGAUUUUUUACUAACAAAGCUAACACAAAUGAAGGGUUGUGGAUGUAAGGUUCCGAGAGCGGUUUUGUUGGAAUUUUUGAAAGACUUGAAAACGGAUGGUAUCGGAUUUGAUAGCUGUGUGAUUCCUUUGCGACACCGAGGCUUGUUUCUCGUACAGACAACAGACUUUUUCUACCCUCUUGUUGAUGAUCCGUAUCUUAUGGGCAGGAUCACUUGUGCAAAUGUUUUGAGCGAUUUGUAUGCCAUGGGAGUGGUUGACUGUGACAAUAUGUUGAUUUUACUUGGCAUACCCAAGGAUAUCAGUGACAAAGAACGGGAUGUUGUCGCUACCAAUUUCUUCGAUGGUUUCAAGGAUACUGCAGCAGAAGCUUGUACUGCCAUUAGAGGUGGCCAAACAGUGCGUUGUCCUUGGUUGCUGCUUGGUGGAGUAGCUACAAGUGUGUGCAGUGCUAAUGAAAUGGCUACGGUUGACGGAGCACGACCUGGUGACGUCCUUUUGCUCACCAAACCACUUGGUGGCCAGGUGGCAGUAAAUGCAUAUGAAUGGCUGAAAAGAGGAAAUUCACAUGUGCAGGAACUGAGGUUAAAUAAAUCGAGAGUUGUGCGCGCAUAUCAGCAAGUAGUUGAACAAAUGUGUCGAUUAAAUAGAAAUGCUGCACGCAUGACUUUAAAAUAUGGCACCCACGCUUCAACGGAUGUAACUGGUUUUGGAAUUUUAGGGCAUGCUGACAGUUUGGCGAAAGUACAGAAAGCUGAAGUGCAAUUUAUUAUUCAUACCCUGCCUAUAAUAGAUUACAUGGCCGAUAUCUCAAAAACGAUGGGCAAUGGUUUCAAUUUAUUCAGUGGAACAUCUGCAGAGACAUCAGGCGGCCUUUUAAUUGCCAUCGAAAAAGAGCAGGUUAUCAUUUCUUUGAUGGAUUUGUUCGAAAACGUAGCUCUGUGCAUUAACUUUCAGGCGAAACACUUAAGUACCGAAUUGGAACAGCUUGAUGGAUUCCCAGUAUGGCUUGUAGGUGAUGUCGUCAGUGGUUCACGUGGUGCCGUUAUUGCUGAAGACGUAAAAAUCAUCUCUGUAGCCUCAAGAAUACACCUUAUCUGA